GAAACGCUAGAGAAAGCCCCCUUCAGCCUGUCUGUGACGUUUAUGGGCUUGGCUUGCUAGAAGGCUCAAGGAGAUGAUGGCAGGAAUGAAAAUCCAGCUGGUGUGCAUGAUACUUCUGGCUUUCAGCUCCUGGAGUCUGUGCUCAGAUUCAGAAGAGGAAAUGAAAGCAUUAGAAGCAGAUUUAUUGACCAAUAUGCAUACAUCAAAGAUCAGUAAAGCAAGUGUUUCUUCUUGGAAAAUGACCCUGCUAAAUGUUUGCAGUUUUGUCAAUAACCUGAACAGCCAAGCCGAGGAAACAGGAGAGUUUCGUGAAGAGGAGCUUAUUACAAGAAGGAAAUUUCCCACUGCCUUGGAUGGCUUUAGCUUGGAAGCAAUGUUGACAAUAUACCAGCUCCAAAAAAUCUGUCACAGCAGGGCCUUUCAACAAUGGGAGUUAAUCCAGGAAGAUGUUCUUGAUGCUGGAAAUGACAAAAAUGAAAAGGAAGAGGUUAUAAAGAGAAAAAUCCCUUAUAUUCUGAAACGGCAGCUAUAUGAGAAUAAGCCCAGAAGACCCUACAUACUCAAGAGAGGUUCUUACUACUACUGA